AUGAAGCGGAGGCAAAAACUGCAUGAGCUUUUCAAUAAGGAAUUUGCACUUCUCGACCAAAUCUCUCUUAAAAUCGAAGAAGAUCGGGAGCUUCGCUGUAAGCAGCUCAAGGACGAAAUCGAAGAAGUACGAAGACUUAAGGAAAUUGAAUGCAAAGAAUUGGCGGAAGCUGGAUACCGGAAACGAACAACGAUGAAUAGAGAUAACUAUAGGCUAGUGCUGAAUAAACUUUAUGUUCGGGAUCUCAAUGCACAGAUAGAGUUGAAUAAGCAGAUAAAGACCCAUGAGAAUAGGAAAGAGGAGAGGAUGCCAGUAAUGGUUUCUCUGCCAUUGGGCUUUGGGUGUGGAAGUGACAAUACCAAGCCUAAAAGGGAUUUAAACGAGGAAUUAAGCAAUGUAAUGUCAGCCAGAGAGGCAAGAAAGUCAGAAAUCGCAAAGCAAAAGAAGAAGGAGGCUGAAGAGACGGCUGAGCGUGAAGAGAUGCAUCGUCGUGAGAUAGCGCAAGCUGCCAAGGCAGCUUAUGAAAGGAAGGCAGCGCUGCGAAGUUCAUUUGAAAGGUGGAUUGAGGAAAGGAACCAGGAACUUGAGAGUGCCAGAGAAGAGGACGCAAGAACUUCAGCCUGGCUGACCUCUAAUGCCAUUCAACAGGGCGCAGCAAUCGAGAAUAAAUCGCUUCAAGAUAAAGCGACUUACAAGCAAAGAGCUCUGGCGUUCUUUGAGUAUGCAAAACAAUUGCAGAGGGUGAAACUAUUGGAGGAGGAAAGAAGGGAACUGGCCAUGGAACGGACCGCUGGAGACAUAAUGAAGGCAAAUGAGGCGAAACAAAGGAGGAUGAAGGAGGCGAGUCAAGCUCUGGAAAUAAAAAUCAGACAGGCACAACUGAAACAAAUACAGGAAAAAGAGGAGAGAUCAUUUGCGCCUACAACCGAUGACGGUCCCAGCUUCCUCGACAAAAUGCUUGGCGAUGGUGAACGAGGGGUGGAUGGGAAGAUAAUAGUCAGGCAGGAGGGAAGCCGCAAUCACCAACAGCAAGUAUAUCAGAAAUCGGCCAAGUCACUCUUUACGGAUCGGGAGAUGGAAGACUGCGAAUUCACUCGACCAUUCCAACGCUUCCCAGAGAGGAAUUUAGGCACUUAUGAGUACUUGCAUCCUUGGCGAAAACAAUCUUUUAAGUAA